AGAAGGAUGGUAUAUCUGCAAUCAUUGGUCAAGCAUUACAAGGCAAUGAUGAUGAGUGCUAUGUCGCCAGACAACUUAUAAAUGAAAAAGACGUACCACCUGGCUUCCCGCAAUUAUUUACACAUAGCUACCUUAAUAUUAUCCCACAUUGGAAUUCUGAUGCUACAAGAUAUUGGAACAUGUUAGAAAAUAUAAUUAGAGCCAAAACUAAAAAUAGAAUUAAAGGGCGCACUGUAACUGUAAUAACAGGAGUGAAUUAUUCCGUUCCCGCGGGACAAACUCAAAUUAUAAUUACAGAUAAAGCUGGAAAUUCAAGCAAAGUGCCGAUAUUUUUAUGGAAGGUGAUUACAGAUUCACUCACAGCAUCAUCGGUAGCAAUCGUUCAAAUAAAUGCACCGGCCACGUUGAUAGAAGAAAUUAAUAACUAUAGAGUCUGCGAAAGCCAAUGUAACCAAAUAACAUGGAUAAAAGAAAUCGACGAGGAAUAUUUAAAAAGUGGCUUUAUGCUCUGCUGUGACAUUGUACAAUUCGAAAAAAAUUUUCACUUUAAGGAAUUAUUUAAUAAAGGUUAUAGAAAGCUUUUAACAAGUUUUGAUUAUUAAAAA